ACGAAGUUGACAAAAUAAAAUAAAUAAAACAUUUCGCAGAGAAAGUAUGUAAGGGUGUAUCUUAUGAGGUGCAAAAACUCGUUUACGCCUCAACUGUAAUUAGCUUUCGAGUUAAAGUGGUCUGGUUGCAAGUAAAAGCACGAAAGCGGAUGUCCAACAACUUAAGAGGAUGGGAGUCUGAAAUAAACUUAAGAAAAAAUCAAACAAAGAAUCGCAAAGUUCUUGCAUCAGCUGAAGCCGAGCAAGUUCCAAGUAAAGGCCGAAUUCCAGAAGUACAUAUUUAAUAAGAAGCUGACAAAAUCCAACAGUUGCGGAAAAUUUACGUCAUUUCGACAAUUAUUGUUCAAUUAUUAUAAGAGAAUGUUGUUUGUUCAAGUUAAAUAUUCAAUAGUCAAUUACUACAUGUGGAUUAUUGAACAACAGUGUAAUAAUUCUUCAUACAGAGACAGUACAAAUAAAGCUCGUAUCUAUAGCAUGAAAUUACAGGAUAUCAUGAAUUCAACUGUAAAGGCACUCGACGGAAUAAAUUACUAUGUAUAUCAAUGCGAUCCGGGGGUUCACGAACGAUCCUCUGAAAAUACGUACAUCGAGUUAAAAAGAAUGAUACAAACAAUUAUUAUCGAUGAAAAAAAUUUAACAUCUUCACGAUCUUGUAACAACCGGUGUAACCUUGAACGAAUUGCAAAUGACAUUAGCAACGAAACAGAGUGUCAAGAAUUUCUCGAUUGUAAAGAAUUGUCUACGGAUUAUUAUGUCUGUGAAAUGGACAAUGAUGUCAGACGUUACGAGUGGUUUGAAGACUCCUAUGGACAUACUUAUGGCAACAAAAAUGAUGACACUUGUCACGGGAAUAUGAAACUUUUAUCUAGUUACUUUGAAGAACCUUUCUUUGACAAUUGUGCUUAUUGUGUAUGCACUUGUAAAAGUAAGCCAAAACAUGCACCAAAUGUCAUAACAAGUAUUAGUUUCCGAGAUCAAGUGUCAGAUAAAAAUUAUAAUAAGAUUGUCACGGGUGCAAGGUUUGUGGAAAAAGAUAAUAUGAUUCAUAUUCAAAUAUUACAAGCAGAAGUUUUACCGCAUGGAAAAACCAUUAAUGCAACAUGGAAACCGCUUGAAAAUUUUAAUUACAACGAGACAAUUAAAAACUAUUAUAUCAUCAAUGAUGAUAAGUCACAGAUUGAAUUACGUUCGGGAAUCGAUUACGGAGAAGCGAAAAUCAUGAAUUUGAAUGAUGUGAUGUGUUAUAAAGAUGAAGUGGUUGUAGGUGUUAGAAUAAGAUUUGCUAGAGACUCGUUGGAUACAUCGAAUUCAACCAAAGGUGCCAUGGAGCUACAAAUUCAAACUACUCGAUUAGAUUUCAAUACAGGAAAACUUAUGAUCGAUAUCGAUGAACCUCAUUGGAUAACUCCGAAAAAUCAAUUCGUCAAUGAAUUUGUACUCCGCAAUCGAGGAAAUCCCAGGAAUUCACCAAAAACUGAUUUUAUGUUAACAACGAAUAAAUCUGUCAAGUUUUAUAGAUCAGAUCUAAAGAAAGAUGCCGGUCAGACAACAGUCCCUUUCUUUGACAGUCGUGAAGUAUUAUUUGAUGAAGGUUUUCUUCUUGGGGGCAUAGGUCUUUUCCUUCGUAGUGACGAAGAAUCCGCUGGAUCUUUGGCUCUCAGACUUUUUGAUUUUGAUAUGUUCUAAUGUAAAAGUUGAGUACGUACCUACUGAGAGAAAAACAUUUUUUUUCGAGAAAUUAAAUUAUUUUUUUAGAUCGAUAGUGAAUCAAGUAAUUUCUGAUAAAUUGAAGUAUAAAAUUUCUUAUCUUGGAUAUUCAAUUCUUUAAUCAAGCAUUUUUGGAUUGAAUUACAUGUAACAAGCUAUAGUUACUUUAAUUGAGUAAAAAAUUCUUCUAUUUUGUGAAGUUUUAGCUUCAAUCAAGAAACUAAUCAAUUAGUUCUAAGAGGAAAAUGAAUAAAAAAGUUUUACUUGAAAUAAAAAAAAAAUCAUUGUUUUAAGCAUUGAUCAUAGGAUAUAUUGUUUUUCUCUAGGUUACUGUUUCGACUUAAAGCUAAUUGUAUAAGCAUCAGUUAAAGUUUUCUUAAUAUUUCGAUACUUAUUGUUAAAAUAUUUCUUUUACUUAAAUACAAAUAUGACAAAAAAUUGUUCCAUAAAAAAAAUUAUUAAAUUUUUUGUCAAAAAAUUAAACACGUCUUAAUUUUUAAGCUAUAUAUGUACCAACUAACACUUAAAUCGAGAGGUAUUGUGUAUAAUUGGAUGGUUUAAUAAACGCUGAAUUUUUUUGUUAA